AUGUGGAUGUGGAGUGCCAGACAUGAGCAACAGGAGAAUACGCAGAGAAAAUCACUUUUUCUGUGUCUUGUGCCUUCCUCCUUCAUAUGUGUCUCAAGCUCCACAUCACUUCGUGCUCACCUGAAAAGUGCUAAAGAAUAGCACCUGUUCUGCAAGCUAUUUUAGCUGUCACAGCUAAUUUACCACUGUUCAAAAUGUCUUUGGGCAACAUUAGUUUCAACCAUCUUUUUCUUGUUUUAAUUUCCAAAUUGUAUAAUGUAAUGUUAUUAACUAAUUUUUCUAUUGUUUUCAUGUCUUAGGGAAAACCCCACGAAAAAGACGCAAGAAAGAUAUGGGAGUUGAUGGUAAGUGAACAUUUACACAUCUAUUGACUAUUAUGCUGAGCUAAAUAGUAAUUAUUAAUGUUAUUUCUUUCUUAAAUAUCUCUCUCACCUUUUCUAUGUGAGAUCAAUUUCUAGAAUUAUAGCUGAGGUGAAAUUUUCCUUACAAAAUAUUCCUUUUUGGAAAAGUCCACCAGAUGUGGCUCAAAGAACAAAUCAGAUAUUAAAGGUUACUUGCAAAAUUUGUACUACAUAUUGUGCACAUUCCACAUGUACAUACUGUCUCGUGCUAGGAAUUCCCUUCACUAUCAUUUGUUGAUCAAUACAAGUACUUGGGCUCUAAAUAUCAUGAUAUUUUGGGUAAUGUUCAUGGGUAAAAUGGUUAUGUUUUGACUUCUCUUUUUUGUCCCUAGAUGGAGAAAGUGGUAGUCAAAAUCGUAAGUUCAUAAGAAUGUGAAAAAUACUAAAUCUUCCAAUUUUUUGAUAUAUUAUUUUGAGCUCCUUUUACUUUGGAGGUAUGUAACUGAUUAUUCUUUUAUCUUUCUCUUUUCUUGGUUUUUGUCUUGGCCUUGCCUUGUGGAACUUCUUACAGCAAGGUGAGUUUACUCUUGUCUUUGAUCAUGGACAGUGGGGUGAUUAUCAAACAAUAUUAGACAUUAACAAAGUAAGCAACUUUUUUCUUUUAGCUUUGUUAUGAAGCUGUUUGACCGCAGUGUGGACUUUGCCCAGUUCAGUGAGGACACACCACUGUAUGCUUUAGCAAGAGCAUGGAUGCAGAAUAAACCAUAUGGAACAAAGUUGUCUGAUUCGCAGGAUGGCAAUCUUGAUGGUGACUCUCCUUCAAACAGUCAAGAGAGUACUUUGACUUCCUCCUCUCACAGUGUUAGUAGAAAAUGUUGUUGCGCCUAUGUUUCCAGUAUUGACAGUACAAUGUUUUGUGGAAGAUGUGACCACAAGGCAAUGACUUUACUUUUCUUUUCCUGAACUUCAAUACAGUCUUUUAGAAUUCAACUUCAGAAAAAUUUGCAAAUUUGACAAAUUAAAUGAGUUGAAAUUAGCGUGACAACUUUUGAAGCAGCACAAAUUCACUUGGCAAUGGCAAUGGCCUGUACAUCAGAAACCUUUUUCGGCAUUAUGAUUUCUAGAUUGUAGCUUGUAUUGGAUGAAUGAAUCUUAUUAUUUGAAUCUUGUUAUUUCUCAGUAAGAUCAAGUACCGGUAAGUUAUCAAGUAUACAAGUUUUAAUCCUAGAACAGCUAUCUCACUUGUAUGGACCCUUCUUAAUUACGGUGUUUGCUCUGGUGGAAGUGAUUUCUUUUAUGUUACAGUUUCCAGAAGUGAUUGCAGAUUAGCUAAAGCAAAAUUGCAUUCUUAUGUACAAUAUGGGUCUAGUUAAGCUCACGUGAUGAAUUAACUUUUUAUUAUUGAUUAAUAUGAAAUAUUUUUCUCUAGAAUGGUGAAGGGGAUCCAAGUAAUGUCUACAGGUAAUUGCAUGCUAAAACCCUUUAAUACCCUGUGAAUAAAUAAAUAAGUAAAUAAACAAUAAAAAAAUUAGAGGUAGCACUUCCACUAAGUGGUUCUUCGUCUACCUGAUGAUUCCUGGUCAAAUUGGAAUUUGAAAGUGUUGUUGAAAGCAAAGGAGAGAACCGGUAAACAAAUAAUCACGACCCACAUAUGUUGUUGAUGCCGAGAUUUGAUCCCAGGUCACAUUGAUGGAAGGUGAGUACUCUCACCAUUGUGCCACCCUUGCUUUCUUGUGAAGACUGAUUCAAUAGAUUCCAUCUGAACAGGAAUAUUUUCCACAGGCUUUCAAGAUAGUGUACAAAUAACAGCAACAAAGAAAGGUAUUGCCCUAUAAGCAACCAUAUUAACCCUGGCUUUAAAACGUAAGAUCAACAUGUGAAUUCUAAUUUGUUGCCACUAUUCAUUUCCUACAGAAGUAGUGGGGAAAAGUUGAUAAAUUCAUCUUGUGUGAUCAUGUCUGUAAUUCUCAUGAGCACUCUGUUUUACAAAGCAUUGAUAUUACAAGGAGAAAUUUGAUGCUGAUCACUCUUACAGCUUAAAGGGUUAAGGGCCGAGCUUUAGCAGAGCUGGUUGGCCCAUGGUGCCCAACUUUUCCUCUCUGAUGAAAUCUUUAUAAAAAUUAUAUGCUGGGCACCCUAGAUUUUACAGGUUCAGAGCACUUGCCCCCUUCAAUUUUCCUUAGAGAACAGCCUUGAUGUUUACUAAUUUGUAUAUUAUGUCAAGUUUUCCAGAUCCAAUCAAAUCAGUUGAAGACUUUGACAUGAACGUUUGUCAUCCUGAUGAACCACUGUCCCUUGACAUUCAUUAUGUAAGUAUAAUUUCCUAUAAAACAACAACUAUUAAUUUGGUGUUUAAAUAAAGCUGCAUUCUGUGGCAACCCACAAGGCUGGUUGUUAUGGCAGCAUUAUUUUUCAUGAAGAAAUGUUUCUAUUUCCAAAGACCUAGGAGGCCUUAAAUAGAGAAUCAUUUGAUUAAAAAAACUUACAUUUCAUUUCUAAGAGUUUGUUGAGACACUUUGGCAAAAUAAUGUAUAUUAAAUUAUUAGUUAAAUCAAAAAUGUAACAAAGUUAACUGCCACAAGCAUAGCCAUAUCUGCCACUCCCCCCUCAAACACACAACUGUAGGCUCCCGUGGAACAUUAUUGCUUCAUCACAGCAGGAUCGUCAAGUUUCUUUAGUGGUUUUCGUAGCAGUUGUGCUGGAUUGGAGUGGUUUAUAGCGAUUGUUUUAGUAUUCACCCACCCCACCCUCUAUAUUCCUCCUCCACUAGUUGAUUUAUCAGUGUGA